GUCCGCAAAAGGUUUUUAUUUCCGAUGCCGCGUUUUCCAAUGCGGCUGCUCUCCUUUUCUUCCCUUCCCGCGCUUCUUUCACGUCUUUUACUACUUCCGCGUUUCCACCCUCGCCUUCCUCCUCGUUCUCUCCGCUCUCGUCUUUGAUGUUUUCUGUGCGAUUAACUCCGAUUACUGGAAAAUAGAUGGAAACGGAGGCGGCGGAGGCCCUUCAAAGAUUCGAUUUUGAGGCGUGUGAUGGUUGACGAUCGGAUCGGAAGCACAGGCUUCGUCGUAGAGGGAUAGAAGAAGGAUUGAGAGGAGGAAGAGAAUACACAGCCCUUUUCCAAUCCAAGAUUUCUGGAUUUGCCGCAUCAUGGUCCAUGAAACAUGUACCAUCAGUAUGAGAAUCUCAUGUCGUGGAGAAAAUAUAUUAAAUGAAUAAUUAAGGCUUUUAAUUAAUGCCGUACACACAAGGUCUUUCCGCUUCUCUGCCCUUCGUCUCGCCUUUCACUUUGUCCUUUUUUGUUUUUAAACGAGAAACUCUUUGCCCUCUUUGAAAUCUCCUUUGCCCGUUCUUUUCCAUUUUUUUGAAGUAGCAUAAACCCUUAAAAAGACCUCUAACUGGACGUUUCCUUUGAGAAAACACAGACCGCAGUCGUCGGAUUGCUUCUCUCAGAGCCGUUGGAUUUGUUCUCAACGCGGAACGCCUCACCUCCUUUUGUUCCCCUUCUCCCAUCCCCUCUCGCCAGAUACUAAUAUUUCUCUCACGCCCUUCCAUCUCCUCUGUCUUGCUUAAAAUCCGGGGUUUCCCUUCGGAAGAAAUUAAAGAAACAGAUGGAGACCGCCAGGCCGGCGCCACCUAACUUUGGGUCACUGGCCAAGACCUUUACGAAGAUCCUCCGCCUCCGGCGGGCCGCCACCGGCUCCGGUGGAGGAGGCCCCGUUGGUGUCGCCCCCGACGAAUGUAAGCCGAUCAUGGAGAAGCUUAAGCUCUCAGGAAACCUCAGAGAGUACUCCACCAUGCUCUCUGAGCCUCACAAAGACGAGGAUGGGAAGCAGCAGCAGCACUCGCUGAAGCUCUCCUCCAAGGAUAAAGAGGCCAUGGAAUCCCUCCUCGCGAACCUCUUCGCCAGCGUCUCCGCCAUCAAGGCGGCCUACGCUCAGCUUCAGGUGGCCCAGUCACCCUACGACCCCGAUUCCAUCCAGUCCGCCGACAAGGCCGUGGUCUCCGAGCUCAAGCACCUCUCCGCCCUCAAGCAGUCCUACCUCAAGAACAAGCUCCAUUCCCACGCUCCCCCGCCCUCCCAGUCGGCCCUGGCGGCCCAAAUCCAGGAGCAGCACAGCCUCCUCAGGACAUACCAGAUCACCACCAAGAAGCUCGAGGCCGAGCUCCAGCUCAAGGACUCCGAGAUCCUCUCCCUCCAAGCCGAGCUCCUCGCCUCCGAGAAGCAGAACCGAGCUCUUGAAGCCAGGCUCCACCCGGGCCGCUCCCUUGCCGCCCUUGAUGACCUCCACCUCUCCGCCCUGAACCCCACCCAUUUCCUCACCGCGCUGCGGUUCACUGUGAAAUCGAUCCGGUCGUUUGUCAAGCUGAUGGUCAGGGAGAUGGAAUCGGCCGGGUGGGACCUCGGCGCCGCGGCCGGGUCCAUCCAGCCGGACGUGCUCCGCCGGAAGCCUGGCCACCGGAUCUUCGCCUUCGAAUCCUUCGUCUGCCAGCAGAUGUUCUCCGACUUCCACCGCCGGGACUUCAAUCUUUGCUCCUCGGCAGACCGGUCCUCCUGGGACCGGCGUCGGUUCUUUGAAGAGUUCAGCGACCUCAAAUUUGUGAGCUUAAAGCAGGUUUUCGACGGGAAAGGCCAGAACUCGGCGUUGGGGAAGUUCUUGAGGGCGAAGUAUUUGUCACUGGUGCACCCGAAGAUGGAGGCGUCCUUCUUUGGUGAUCUAGAUCAGAGGGCGCUGGUGAGCUCGGGGCUGGGGUUCCCGGAGUCGGCUUUCUUUGCCGGGUUUGCGGAGAUGGCGAGGCGCGUGUGGCUCCUACACUGCCUCCUCUUCUCGUUCGGACCAGAGGAGGGGUCCAUCUUCCAGGCCCGCCGGGGUGCCCGGUUCUCGGAGGUGUACAUGGAGAGCGUGGCCGACGACGACGACGACACGGCCGGUGCGAGGCCCACCGCCGUGGGGUUUACGGUGGUCCCCGGGUUCCGGGUGGGGAAGACGCUAAUACAGUGCAAGGUCUAUCUCUCGUCUAGGGUGGGAGGACGGUCAUGAUGCUUCUCUGAGAUAGGGUGGAGAUCGUGAUGCUCCAUCGGACGGCGGUGGAGGUAUCUAGACCUAUUCUGGACUUUUAAGGUCGUGAUGUCAUCAGGGGUUUUGCCAAGUGGGCCCGCGGUCUGUCUUGGUGAGGACUGGGGAGAGGUAACGCCUGUGGGUGGUGUGGUGGCUGACAGAUCCUGAUGGUAACUGGCGUGGGCGCGCUUUAAACGUCUAUGUAUAUAUAUAUAUUGUAGUGUUUAUUGUUUUUCAUAAUUUGAAAUGAGUAUUUAUUAGAUGUAUGUGGAAGAUAGAUAUGACAGAAGGUAUAUUAAUUUAUCUUAUGUCGGUUUGCUUA